AUGAAUAUUUUCAAUAUUACAAUUCAUCAUUUAUCGUCACUUCAUCUGUUAGAUCUCUCUUCAAACAAACUUUCCAGGUUGGAUAAGGAUACUCGAACAAGUUUAGACAGACUCUCAGCCCAAAAGGAAGUUUUCCUUAACUUACAAGGAAAUCCUUUGCAAUGUUCCUGUAGCAAUAUGGAUUUUCUGGUUUGGAUUGUUCAGUCAAAGAACAUAUUAUUUCAUAAUCGGGAUAAAUACACCUGUUUGUUCCAGAAUGCAACUCGACAAGAAUUUGGAAACUUUUCACGACUUAUGGAACAGCUAGAAAAAGAAUGUUCGUCCUAUUCAUUGAUAAUUACCGUUAGUUCGUCCCUGUUGUUUAUAAUUGUUACCAUCAUCAUGAGUCGAAUCAUACAUAGAUACAGAUGGAAGCUCCGUUAUAUGUAUUUUGUCGUAAAGGGAAGAAGCAGAAAUCAAAAAUCUUCCAGAGAUCAAAUAAGCCAAUCAAAAUACCAUUUUGAUGCUUUCAUUUCAUAUGCUAAUAACGACUCUGCAUUCGCCAUUAGUCUUGUGAAAUAUAUGGAAGAAAACCACGGGCUUCAAUUAUGUCUUCAUCAAAGGGAUUUUAUACCAGGAACGGAUAUUGCAGACAAUAUAACAAACGCUAUCCACAUUAGCAAACGAACAAUUUGCAUACUGACUUCACAUUACCUUAAGUCUUAUUGGUGCAAUUACGAAAUGAAUAUGGCGCGAAUGGAAGCUGUGUAUUCAAGAAAGAGUGCCGAUGUUCUUUUCUUCGUCAUUCUUCAGAAAAGUGUCGUGAAAGAGUUGCCAUGGAAAUGGAUGGACCUUUUAGAGAGAAAAUCUUACAUGUAUUUUCCAGCUGAAGACGGAAAGGAUGUUCCAGUUUUUCGAACCAAGCUUGCAGAAACUCUUCUGAUGGAAGAAUAUUGA